AUGGCUGAUUUACCAACCUUCGUCUUUGUUCCUGGUGCCUGGCAUAAACCUGUUUGCUACCGCGAGAUCAUCAAACUCCUGCAGCCCAAAUUCAAGUGUGUCUCAAUCACCCUCCCUUCCACGGCAGGAAACCCCGAUGCAUCCUUCAAAGAUGAUCUUGAUACCGCCCGCGAAGCCAUCUCCAGUGAGGUAACCAGCGGGCGCAAUGUCGUGGUCGUUGCGCACUCUUACGGCGGGAUGGUUGCCAACAGCGCGAUCAAGGGAUUCAUGCGAGACAAGACAAGCCAAACGCAGUCACCGACGACAGGGUUCGUGAUCGGGCUCAUCUUGGUCGCCUCAGGGUUUACGUUCACAGGAAUGGCAUUUAUGGACCCAUUCUUUGGUAUCCCGCCGCCUACCUGGCGCGCCAAUUGGGAGACCGGUUUCGCCGAGCUAGUCACUCCCCCCCGCGAGAUGUUCUACCACGACUUACCGCAGGAAGAGGCAGAAUACUGGGUCUCUCAGCUUACACCACAGAGCCUGAAAUCAUUGUAUGAGGGUGGUGAAUACAGUUAUGCUGGCUGGAGAGAUGUACCCGUUUGGUAUAUUGGCACCGUCGAAGAUCGGGGGUUACCAGUGUUGGUGCAACGGACGCAAAUCGGCAUGGCGAGGGAAAUGGGCUGUACUGUGGAGCAUCGGGAGCUGCAGACGAGCCAUUCACCGUUUUUGAGUCAACCUGAGGCGACAGUACAGAUCAUGCUGGAGGCUGUCGAUGCGUUCACAGGCCAUCGGGGGACUCGCGAGGCUAGUGAGCGUGUCAAGGCGCUGAUUACGGUGGCCGGACCGAGACUCUGGAAGCCUUUCACAUGGUUGAAAUUUGGCCUUCCGCUUAUCUUUGGGCACAUGUUUGGACGUGGGAUCCUUGGCUUUGAGUUUGGAAGGAGGCUAUGGAGGUCUGCCUUUCAUUAG